GGCAUCCUCUAGCUACUAACUUGGGCAAUUUAGCUUAGCGCUAAUAAUGUAGUCCUUUGUUUUAGAAGAGCAAAUUGCUAGCAAUUCUUAACAAAUAAAUGUCACUUUAUUUUGAAACACAUUUGUACCCUGAUCUGCCUUCAGCAAAUUAUUUCCCUGAACAUGAUACUGAAAUUUACACCCCAAUUAUGUGAGCUCUAGUUGAUCAAUUGAUACAAUGUUUAUGAUCCUGUAUACUAAUGAUAUUUUUCAUGUGCACACAGUUGCUGGGACUUCUGCACGGACUAAAUUCCUGUGCAAACGUGGGAUACUGGGACUUCUGGAACAGCCAAAUCCCCCUGCAGUCGUGGAGCUACAUGGAUGCGUCUCCAAAGCUCCAAUAAGCAUCAAACAAACAAACAAACAACUGUCUCAACGACCCAUUGACCCAAGUCACAGUAGUGGCUAAUUCUUCAAGCUGAAAACAUCGAAAUUUGAUGUGAAAUAUAUCUUGAGUGCAGAUCUGUUCUAAUUUAUCUAACUGUAUGUCUAAUGUAUCGUAUGAUUUUAUUUUUAAAUUUCAUGCAAUGAUGGAUACAUCUGAAAUGGAUCUACAACUUGCUAUCCAACUCCAAGAACAGUUUGAAGAAGAAAUUAGACAACAAAGAUCAAGUUCAAGCAGUAACUCUAAUAAUGUUUCUAAUUCCAAAUUAAAUACCUCAAAUGGUUCUGACAGUGACAACACCAAACUUACCGUAUCAUUGGUGGACCCAGUGUGGGAGUUGGUUGAUCCAGCUCCUGAUGUUCACGCACUCUUCUGCACCUACAAUGAUCAGUUUUUCUGGGGCCAAUUACACACUGUGUCAGUCUCGUGGAGCCCUCGGAUGACAGUAUGUGCUGGAGUGUGCAGCUACGAGGGCAGGGGAGGGCUCUGCUCCAUCCGUCUCUCCGUGCCUCUCCUCAAACUGCGGCCCCGCAGUGACCUUGUUGAGACGCUCCUGCACGAGAUGAUCCACGCGUACCUCUUCGUGACAGCCAACAACAGGGACAGGGAAGGCCACGGUCCUGAGUUCCACAAGCACAUGCACCGCAUCAACGCCAAGGCUCGCACCAGAAUUUCUGUAUACCAUUCAUUCCACGACGAGGUUGCCGUGUACAGGCAGCAUGUGUGGCAGUGCAGCGGACCUUGUCGUCACCGCCGGCCUUACUACGGUCUUGUGAAGCGCUCCAUGAACAGGGCACCGGGGCCUUAUGAUAGGUGGUGGGCAAAUCACCAGCGCUCGUGUGGCGGCAGCUAUACUAAAAUUCGAGAGCCUGAAGGUUACGCAAAUAAAGGCGUCAAGCGGAAAGCAACAGAUUCAUUGAAUGAAAGUGAAGUGAAACGCAACGCCAAAGCCCCCCUCCCUGCUGCCGACAUUCGCCAGUAUUUUACUGGCGCUGGAAAAUCUUUGACUGUGGCCUCUGGUGUCACUCGCAAGCUCCCAUCCACUGAUGCAAAAAUGCCUUCAACAAGCAGCGUGAAAAUGCCCAAAGAUGAUCACUUAGCCGCUGGUAAUUUAGGAAAAUCCCAAGCCAAACUGCCGAAUUCAGAUCAAUUUACCGCCAACAAAAACAUUCGAGGAUUUAGUUCGACUGCAUCUGGUGUCGUCAAGUCAGUCGAGGUUGGGAACGCUUCAAGGUCCAAAAUAGUGGGCUUUGACAAAGGUUUAAAUAAGAACUCUAAUGCUCAAAAAAAUAUUGCCGGGAAAAGUUUGGGUGCAAGUUUUACUGAUAAAAAAUCUGGUGGAGGGCUUACUUUCGGUAGUGGAGGUACGUUUGUGUUGAACCCAAGAACAACCACCACGACCACCGACAGAAAAGAAGCUGAAGAAGUGAAGGCCAGGAACUUGGGCAACGGGUUGGCUGUUAGUAGUACUGGAACAGGAUUCAAAUUAUCAAAUGGCAAUGUAGAAAGCACGGUUCCCGAAUCUGGUCGGCCUGUGUCCAGACUUUUAUUGGAAUAUGACGCUAGAAUGGCUGCGCACAACGCGCUAAGAGAAUCAAAUACUAGAGCUAUUGCAAGCAAAAAAGGAAACCAAGGUGACCCUAGGACUUCUAGUUCUCGUGGUUGUAGUGCACAACUUCCUACACAGGGCAACUGUACAACUCCAUCUGAAAUUUCCGAGAACAAAUUUUCCAAAUCUUCUAAGUAUUCUUUAAGCGAUAGUGAUGAAGAUUGUGAUACAACGAAAACGUGUCCGUUAUGUCAAGCUUCUAUUUCAUCGAAUGAAUUCAUAUCUCACAUUUCUGUGUGUAUGGGAGAUUGGGGUGAGUCGGAGAAUUUGUUAGUUGAAGAUUUGCCUCUCGUGUCAGCUCUCAGCGAUCUCGAUGCUCGAGAAAUUAAUAUGAACGAAACCUUUGAAGAUCAUAAGUCCACUUCUGGCGAUAAUGAAUGUAAUGAACCGAUAACUAAUAUUCCGACGGAAUCACACAAAAAUAUCACUUCUGCAACCACCAAAAAAAUUAGAGAGUCCCAUUUAACUGGAGCGAACUCAGUCAGCACGCAGAAGAUUGUGGAUAGCAGCAAGCCUUUAAGAAAUAUCGCCAGUCGAGACGUUGUUAAACGCAAUUCCUCGAAUGACUUAACUCACGACGAAGAUUUCGUCUGUGUAUCAGACUCUGACGACGAAUUUGACGUCAGGUACUGGGAGAGGCCGGUGAUGUCAGUAGUGCAGUUGUCAGGAAAUUUAGCUAUACUUGACAUAGCCACACGAGACGCAGCCACACUUAAUAUUGCGACAACUUUGCCUGCUGGGACGCAUUCCAAUGCAAAAACCACGGCUUCUAAUUACUUGGGAACUGAAAUUACUUCGGGCCCUGGGACUAGCAUGGACCCUUUUGGCGGGCCAAGAGCUGGGGUAAGUAGCGGGAGCGGCAUUUCUGGGGCAGGUGCCUCGCUUGUUGACGGUCUUGAAAAUCGUGACUUCGAGACCUGCAUGAAGAAAAAGGAUGUAGGAUCUGCUGCUAAGUAUCCUUGUCCUGUAUGUGGAGAGUUAUUCACAGAAGAUUACAUCACCAAUACUCAUAUUGAUACUCAUUUCGGUUGAAGCUUGAACAUUAUUUUCGGCUACAUCACAAAUGAGUAAUCCAGAGCGCAGAGGAGUUGUAGGUUGUUGCAUCAUAGAGGGCUUUGAUUUUUAUUUUUCCAAUGUUACACAGAACUUCAACUUUUUUUGGCUAAGAAUCGGAACGUUUGUUCACAAGAGGCUGCGACGUAUAUUUUUAAAAUGUGAAUACAAAUCUCUGUUUUCUGCUAUGAAGCACACUAAAAAAAUUUCGUUUGUUGCAUCAUAGAUGGCUUUGAUUUUUUUUUGUACCCAGAACGUUCUUUUGGCUAAGAAUCGGAAAAUACAAAGUUUGUAGUUUGUUCACGAGAGGCUGUGAUUUAUAUUUUUUUAAAUGUGAAUUCAAAACUUUCUUUAAAUUUGAAUACAAAACUUUGAUUUCUGUUAUGAAUCACAAAAAACUGUAGUUUGUUGCAUCAUACGAGGCUGUGAUUUGAAUUUUGUAAAUGUUUCCAUCU